AUGGAUCUAAAGACGGCAGUGUUUAAUGCAGCUAGGGAUGGCAAGCUGCGCCUUCUUGCCAAGUUGUUGGCAAGCAAAUCAAAAGAGGAAGUGGCCUUGUUGAUCUCAGAAAAAACAAAUGGUGCCACUCCACUUUUGAUGGCAGCCCGAUAUGGGCACCUUGACAUGGUGGAAUACCUUCUGGAGCAGUGCAGUGCCUCCAUAGAGAUUGGAGGGUCUGUGAAUUUUGAUGGUGAGACCAUUGAGGGGGCUCCACCUUUAUGGGCAGCUUCUGCAGCAGGACAUUUGAAGGUAGUCCAGUCUUUGUUAGACCAUGGAGCAUCUGUCAACAAUACAACUUUGACUAAUUCAACUCCUCUUAGGGCUGCCUGUUUUGAUGGUCAUCUGGAAAUAGUAAAAUACCUUGUGGAACACAAAGCUGAUUUGGAAGUUUCAAAUCGUCAUGGACAUACAUGCUUAAUGAUUUCAUGUUACAAAGGACAUAAAGAAAUAGCUCAAUAUUUACUUGAAAAGGGGGCCGAUGUUAAUAGAAAAAGUGUUAAAGGAAACACUGCACUGCAUGAUUGCGCAGAAUCUGGAAGUUUGGACAUCAUGAAAAUGCUUCUUAAGUAUAGUGCCAAGAUGGAAAAAGAUGGCUAUGGAAUGACUCCCCUUCUAUCAGCAAGUGUGACAGGUCACACAAAUAUUGUGGAUUUUCUGACACAACAUGCACAGACUAGCAAGACAGAACGCAUUAAUGCCUUAGAACUUUUGGGAGCUACAUUUGUAGACAAAAAAAGAGAUCUACUUGGGGCUUUGAAAUAUUGGAAAAGAGCAAUGGACAUGAGGUACAGUGACAGGACUAAUAUCAUCAGCAAACCUGUACCACAAACAUUAAUAAUGGCUUAUGACUAUGCCAAGGAGGUGAACAGUGCAGAAGAACUAGAAAACCUUAUUGCUGAUCCUGAUGAGAUGAGAAUGCAAGCUCUGUUAAUUAGAGAACGUAUUCUUGGUCCUUCUCACCCAGACACAUCUUAUUAUAUUAGAUACAGAGGUGCUGUCUAUGCAGACUCUGGAAAUUUCAAAAGAUGCAUCAAUCUAUGGAAAUAUGCUUUGGAUAUGCAGCAGAACAAUUUGGACCCCUUGAGCCCAAUGACUGCUAGUAGUUUGUUGUCUUUUGCAGAGCUGUUCUCUUUUAUGCUGCAGGAUAGGGCAAAAGGCUUAUUGGGAACUACCGUUACAUUUGAUGAUCUCAUGGGUAUACUGUGCAAAAGUGUCCUUGAGAUAGAUAGAGCUAUCAAACAAACUCAGUGUCCACCUGACCAAAUACAGUUGAAUAAAGCCCUUUCCAUAAUUUUGCACUUAGUUUGUUUGUUAGAAAAAGUUCCUUGUACCCCAGAACAGGAUCAUUUUAAGAAGCAGACUAUAUAUAAGUUUCUUAAGCUGCACCCUAGAGGAAAGAAUAACUUUAGCCCUCUUCAUCUGGCUGUGGACAAGAAUACCACAUGUGUAGGUCGAUACCCUGUUUGUAAAUUCCCCUCUCUGCAAGUUACUGCAGUACUGGUGGAAUGUGGUGCUGAUGUGAAUGUCAGAGACUCUGAUGACAACAGUCCCUUGCACAUUGCUGCACUUAACAACCAUCCAGACAUCAUGAACCUCCUUAUCAAGUCAGGUUCACAUUUUGAUGCCACAAACUCUCAUAAACAAACUGCUAGUGACUUGUUGGAUGAGAAGGAGAUAGCUAAAAAUUUGAUCCAGCCCAUAAAUCAUACAACAUUGCAGUGUCUUGCUGCUCGUGUCAUAGUGAAUCAUAGCAUAUAUUACAAAGGGCAUAUCCCAGAAAAGCUGGAGAACUUUGUUUUACUUCAUAGAUGAUAAUUUGACUGAAUUCUUCAUACUGUUGAAGCACGAUUUGGAAACAGUUGUUUCAUAUUUGAGCACUGUUGUGAUAACACCAGCAUUCAUAUAACUUGAUAACAUUGUGCUUUUGUUGACUAAAGCAUUAUGAGCAUCAGAUUUGCAGAAUUGGUUGCCCCAUAUUUAAUAUAAAUAUGCCAUAUAUUGUUUUGUGGAUUAUUGAUAAAUGUAAUGCCAUAUUCAAACUCCUAAAAUUGUCUGCCAAAGCCCUGUCUGUCUUGUUUUAUUUGCCUGUUGUGGGUGUUUGGGAUUGAAUUACUAUUUUUCAUUGGUCUAUUUAUUCAAUUCUUGGUUUGUGGGUAUUAAGCAACUGAAAGUCUUUUUUUUUUUUUUUGGGCCCCUUUUCCUGUCCUUUUCUUCCUAGCCAGGCCUGCCUGCUCCUUACUCCCUUCCUACUUCAUACCUUCCAUCUCAUCACUUCCUUCU